GGUUUUAUCGACUGCCCCCUCUGCAACGAAAAUAAACCAAUUAUUCUAUUAAUUAUGGACUAUGUUAAUCGGAAUCUCGACGAUAAGUUACUUUGCGGAAUCUGUGGAAAAUAUUUCUCUGACGAUGAAAGUUUACGCGAGCAUCGGCGCCAGCGUCACAUGACAUGCCAUAUGUGCCUCUUGUGCAAUCGACGAAUUCCGGAGAACGAGACUCUCCGGGAGCACAUGAAGAACAAGCAUAACAUCUGGAAAUUGUUCAUCUGUGUUUGCUGUAACUGGAGCUUCGGAACGGAAAUUUAUUUGAAGUGCCAUGAAGAAUGUAUGAAAAGCACUGGGCGUCCUGGUUUGCUGAAACCGUUGGCUAUGCCUAUGACUGCACCGGCUCGUGAAGCUUCUGCCUUGAACACUGAUCCACAAAAUGGUUCCGAUGAUGUUCCUCACAGCUCCCCAUCGCCCGUACCAAUGAUCGCCGAAAAUUCGAUUAUUCAAGCGUCCUCGUUGAAGAUGGAACCUAUAGAAUCUGCCGACCGCUCUUCAGCGUCUACUUCGACUCCAAGAACAUUAGUUUCGGGUACUCCCAGAGAAAAAAUACCAUGCGGGUUCUGUGGAAAAGAUUUCUUUCACGAAGGCUCUUUACGAGAGCAUCGGCGUCGAUUUCACAUGACGGGUCAUACGUGCCUCUUGUGCAAUCGCCAAAUUCCGGAGAACGAGACGGUCCGAGAUCACAUGAAGAGCCAACAUAACAUCAAGAAGGUCUACAACUGCCUCUGUUGUAAUUGGACUUUCUUGAAUCAAGUACACUUGAUUUCCCACAAAACAUGCUUGAAACAAACUGGCAAACCUUGUUGUCGUCCAGGUCACAUGGAACCGUUGGCUAUACCAAGAACCGCUUCGAUUCGUCAAUUUUUCACAUUAAAGACCGAAACACAAAGCGGCGAUGAUGAUUCUGCCGCUGGAAGUCAAUUAUUUUCAGCCAGGCUGUCUUGCAAAUCAUGCGGAAAAUUCUUCUAUAGUGAAAGAUCAUUAAGCAAACAUCAUCGUCAGAUCCACAUGUCUGGACAUGUGUGCGUCUUGUGCAAUCACCAAAUGCCGAAGACCGUGACGGUUCAGGAGCACAUGGAAAAAGAGCAUAACAUCCGAUUGGUCUUCAACUGUCGGUGCUGUAACUGGUCUUUUGCCACUAGACGUUGCUUGAUGUCCCAUGUUGAAUGUUUGAAGAAGGCUGGAGACGCGAGGAACGUGAAACCGGUGGCCAUACCAAGAAUGGCUGCCGAUUCGAUUCUCCAAUCUUUGAAAGAGAGUGAAGCCCAAGAAUAUCCCGACUUCUCAGCGGCAUCUACUACAUCUUCAGGUCCAGCAUCAACUCUGAAGACUCCGAGGAUGGAUUUCAAGAAGAAUUUGAAAAUCUGUACAGAUGCUGUGCAGAUACUCGUUGGAAAUGGAUUGUUUUCAAAUGAACAGCUAGCUCAAACGGAGACAUGGGUGAUGAUCUUUUCAAAUGCCAACAAGUUGUUUCACUCAAUGAACUCGUUUGGAGAACCAUCUGUGAGCCGAGACAUUCCGAUGUGAACUACUCACAGCGCCCUCUUCCUCCGCCCCAGUAUGUGUGCAUGUUCUUCUUUUGCCGAUCUACAUUCCUUUGUUGCCCAACUUGUAAUGUUAUUUUAUCCCUUUUUUAUUAGAUUAUUGCAUGACUGUUAGUUUGAUUCAUUGUGCUCAAGUUUUCUUGUUUGAUUUUUCUGUUAAUCUCUUUUUCAUUUGCCUUUGCAAUUUGGAAAAUUGUCUCAAAAACUUGUUGAAUGAAUAGUGGAAAGUU